CGAGCCUCCUGCUGCGCGCUAGUGUGCUGAGGCGACUGGGGUUCGCUCGGUGAGUGAUUGGGUGGGCCGGCUAUAUGAGCAGUCUCGUCGCGAGGAUCGGCACCGUCGUGCGGUCAUCUAUGGCGGCCACGGCCGUCGCUGGCGUCGGGAGGGAAGCUAGCUCCCAGAAGCGGCCACGUCGGGUCAGUGUGAGAAUGGAGCGGAGCAGAGCCGGGGUCGGGGACGGUUGCUGCUGCUCCUGCUCUGGGCGCACCGGGGUGGCAACCACGGCGUUCUCGGGGCGCGCGGGGAUGGUGGUGAUCGUCGGCGCCACGGGCACGGGAAAGACCAAGCUUUCCAUCGACGCGGCGCAGGAGCUCGGCGGCGAGGUGGUGAACGCCGACAAGAUCCAGCUCUAUGCAGGCCUCGACGUCACCACCAACAAGGUGCCGCUGGCCGACCGUCGGGGCGUCCCGCACCACCUCCUCGGGGCCGUCCGCGCCGACGCAGGGGAGCUGCCGGCGGCGUCGUUCCGCUCGCUCGCCGCCGCCACUGCGGCCAGCAUCGCGUCGCGCGGCCUCGUGCCCGUCGUGGCCGGCGGGUCCAACUCGCUCAUCCACGCCCUCCUCGCUGACAGCCUCGACGCCGCGCCGCGUGACCCGUUCGCGGACUUGGAUGUCGGGUACCGGCCGGCGCUCCGGUUCCCGUGCUGCCUCCUCUGGGUCGACGUCGACGACGCGGUUCUCGACGAAUACCUCGACCGGCGCGUGGACGACAUGGUGGGCGAGGGCAUGGUCGAGGAGCUCCAGGAAUACUUCGCGACGACGUCGGCCUCGGAGCGGGCGUCGCACGCCGGCCUGGGCAAGGCCAUCGGCGUGCCGGAGCUCGGCGACUACUUCGCCGGGCGCAAGAGCCUCGACGCGGCGAUAGACGAGAUCAAGGCCAACACGCGUGUCCUCGCGGCCGUCCAGGUCGGCAAGAUCCGACGCAUGGCUGACGUUUGGGGCUGGCCCGUCCGCCGCCUCGACGCCACGGCCACCAUACGCGCGCGGCUCUCCGGCGCAGGACGCGCCGCCGAGGCCGCCACGUGGGAGCGCGACGUGCGUGGUCCAGCCCUCGCCGCGAUGCGGCGGUUCCUCGGCCGCCCCGAAUUCGACUUCCCAGCGGAGGGUCACCUAGCCGCCCGGAGACAAUGCCAUCGCGGUGGCAUGGUGGUCGGCUAAGCCCGAGAGGAAAGAAGGAGAAAAAGAGAGCUUUUGGGUUCAAAAAUUUUCGGUAAGCCGCCGAUUUUGCAGGGGUUCGGUGGCUCAUCUGACACAGGCUGGUGGGGCCACAGGGCGUGCUACAGCGAAAGACAGAGGGCAAUACAAAGCAAGCAGGAACAGAAAAAAAAAAAA